UGGGCCAGUGACGCUGGCGCCGCCGCAGAGUUCUAUUCUCUGAAGCCGGCGACUGCCUCGCCGCCCGGCUGCCCGCCCGCCCGUCUCCUUCCCUCCUUCCCGCCCUCCCUCCCGUUCGCCACCGGCUCCUCCCGCAGUGCCGGCCAGCGCAAGCCAGACAACUGCACGCGGGGCCUCGCCCGAGACCCCGGAGGACCGCGAGCGGGCGCGCGCAGCGGCGGAGCGCCCCCACUUCCCGGAGGUCCCCGCGCAGCUCCCCGGUGUAUUACUCCUUGGCUGACUUUGGAAUUCUUCUGUAUUUAAAUUUUUUUCUUUAAAAAAAAACUUGGACGGAUAAAAGAUGUGCCAUGGCAGGAUAGCACCAAAGAGCAGCUCAGCAUUUGCCGUGGCCUCCGUGGGACAUGGAGUAUUCCUUCCACUGGUAAUCCUUAGCACCCUGCUUGGAGACGGACUUGCCUCUGUGUGCCCCUUGCCUCCAGAGCCAGAGAAUGGUGGCUACAUCUGUCACCCUCGACCCUGCAGAGAUCCCCUGACAGCGGGCAGUGUCAUUGAAUACCGAUGUGCAGAAGGCUACAUGUUGAAGGGAGACUACAAAUACUUGACCUGUAAGAAUGGCGAGUGGAAGCCAGCAAUGGAGAUUAGCUGCCACCUCAAUGAGGAAAAAGAAACCCACACGUCACUUGGGGUCCCUGCACUUUCCAUAGUGGCUUCUACUGCCAGCUCCGUGGCACUCAUUCUCCUCCUUGUGGUGCUGUUUGUGCUGCUGCAGCCAAAGCUGAAGUCUUUCCAUCAUAGCAGGCGUGACCAGGGGGUGUCUGGGGAUCAGGUCUCCAUCAUGGUAGAUGGUGUUCAGGUGGCAUUACCUUCAUAUGAAGAGGCUGUGUAUGGCAGUUCUGGUCACUGCAUGCCACCUGCUGACCCCAGAGUGCAGAUCGUGCUGUCAGAAGGAUCUGGGCCCAGUGGGAGGAACUUGCCAAGAGACCAGCAGCUGCAAGUCCAAGGAGCAAGUUCCUCUGCCAGUAUGGAGGAUGAGGCCCCUGGCCAGUCAGGACUGUGUGAAGCCUGGGGCUCCCGGGGCUCAGAAACUGUGAUGGUGCAUCAGGCAACCACCUCUUCCUGGGUGGCCGGAUCAGGGAGCAGCCGACUGGCACACAAAGACACUGCAGACUCAGAGAACAGUGACAUACAAAGCCUUUUAUCCCUCACGUCAGAGGAGUACACAGAUGAUAUUCCACUAUUGAAAGAAGCAUGAGGGCUAUUGCUGGCCUCUCUCCUAUCUGUGAGGAUCCUCUCUGCCCUUCUUCCUUCUCCCUGUGGGUUGGAGCACUUUCUCCACUCCAGUCACCCCACCAGGAUACCUGAGCUGCCAUCUGUAUCUGUCUCUGAGGGCCUGCAGGCCACCUUGCUGGAAACUCAAGGAAAAUUCUUGCUAUCUGCCUGCUAGACAGCUGGAGAAGCUGGGUCUUUGCCUGGCCCAGCCUUCCCAUCUGUUGGGGACAUAUUUGAAUGUGCUGGAUCGAACUUUCCCUUCCCCUGAGCCUUUGGGUCCCUUCCAGCUGGCUCUCUCUGGCGGCAGCCCCCAUAGCUGUGUGGGCCUGAGCGCUGCUGUGUUUACUUGUGCCUUUCCCCACCCUGGUCAGUUUCUCUGUCAUGCAGGCAUGUUGCUGUCCACAGGCCUUAGUGGCUACUGGCCACCUGCAUACAGGUUGGACCUGGGGCUGGCAUUGCUGCCCCUUGCAGAAGCAGAUCCAAGAAUGACUCUCACUGGGGCAGGAGUGUGGCUCCCUGGGCUUUCCCUGUGUUGACUCUGGUUAGGAUAUUUGACUAAGAAUAGUGGAUUUGAAAAAUUAUGCCAAAGCCAUCCCAGCACCCAGCUAUCCAGCUCAGGUGCAGUCUCCUGGCCCAAUUUAUGUUAAAGAGUUUCCAAGAAGCAUCCAGAAGCUCUCAAGGGAGGGAAAGAAGAUGUCUGAUAUCUGUCUUCCUAAUAUGCAAGUCCUUACUUCCUGCUUCUAGCAUUGGCUGCCUUGGCCUCAGUUUUUUUUUUUGUUUUUUGUUGCUGUUGUUGUUGUUGUUGUUGUUCCCUGGGUAAAGGGAAGUUGCUUGAGGCCCCCUGGGCUUCAUCCUAGAUAGCUCUGGCUUUGCUGCCCACAGGGCCCGGAGAUUUGCUAAAAAGCCAUCAAAUGUUCAUCUGGGCUUUGGCAGUCUAGGCAGGCUGUCCAUUUCUGGGUUUGUGGUGAUGGAGGGGAGGCUGAGAGGCACAGACUAAGUCCCUGGGUGGCUGCAGGCAGCUCCAAGCCCGGUCCUGAGGAUCCUCCUCACCACGGUCACGUGCCUUAGUAACUGUGCCCAGGAGGUGGCCUGCUGCAUCAAUGCUUUUCCCCACUUCUGACCUUCCCUAUGCCUCUCUGCAUGUUGUUGCUGACAGGCCACUCCUUGUCUUCCUUGAACCCUGAGAGAUAGGCUGAGAAGCAGUCUCCCAGCCCCCUAGCCUUUACAGCUGAGAUGGGCUGAUGGUGCCCAGCAGCCUGGUUCUCAAAGCUCCUUCAGGAUGAAGCUUGGAGUAUAGGCCCCGGGAGGGGGAGCCCUGGUGAUGAGGGAUGCCUCAGUCACUGUGAUGGGCCUCUUAUGGCCUCACAUUGAAUGCUAAACUGGUUAGACAGCUGAGCUUUGCCAGGCUACUCCCAUCUCCAGAAGACAGAUGUGGCAUUAAGGAAUGUUUGCUUUUGCUUUUUUUGUCCCUGAGCUCCAGGGCUGGGAAACUUCGAAGUUGACCCUGUUCUGCACUUCUCCCGCAAGUCUCUCUGGGACAGCAAAAAUAAAAGCCCAGUUUAUUUUUAGUACCUGACCUAAGAGAGUUAGCUCCAGGUGUAAGUGGCCUCCAAGAUAGGAGAAUUGCUCCCUCCCAGCCCGCCACCUUCUACCCUCACAACGCACUUUACUUCCUGGUCAUCCUGGCCUCCUGCUGCCCUUGUCUUCUUUCCUCUCAGGGUAAGGGCAGAGCCUGCUGUGCCUGCUGGCCACUUCCACAUGUUCCCCAUCCAGGAGUCCUGUCUGCUGUGCCCAGAGUCCAGGCUAGCAUGGUUGGCUUGGAAAAGGGCUAGGAAAGGAGCUGAGCUCAAAGGCUGAAGCCUGGAGAGAGGUGAGACUCAACCUGUUAGUGGGAGCUGGCAUAGGCCCAUCUGGGAGAGUUCCAAGGACCCAGCUGUCUUACCAUACAUGGCUCUCUUUCACCUUCAUGGCACCCUUCCUCUUCCUCCUAGAAGGGAGCGGGGAAAAUUGGAGAGCUGAGCCUUCCACGUUCGUUCUCCUAUCUUCCAAAACCUGGUUUCUAUUAUAGAACAGUUUUAAAAUUCAAAAUCCUACCUACCCUUUUCUAUCUCUACCCUGGGUGUUACCCCCUAAGAGAUUGCACUUUGUUUCGGGUUUAUUCAACCACAUAGGCUUGGCCUUUGAUACAAUGAACCUCCUUCCUUCUCCUGGUGCCUCCUUCCAUCUCACCAUCCAUUAACCUGCUCUGGGGAUUACAAACACUGGUUUGUGUACCUGCUAAGGAUAGUUCAAGAAGGUGGAACAAAUGAGCUCCAUGUUUGUCUCCUCCGUUAACUAGUGCAGGCACCACAGCUCACAAGAUUGCAGUUGUUUCUCUUCUCCUUGCCCCAAACAGUUGUUUUGUUUUGUUUUUUUAAACCACCACCCAUGUGCUGCUGUUUCUGGGGCUUUGGGGUUUCAUCCCUGGCAGGAUGCCAGGGGACUGACUCCACAAUGCCUUGGGGUGGAACCUGGCUAUCUGGCAGGACCAGUAGCAGGUUGCAGGCUGUUGGGAAGGAGCCUGCAGUAAGUAAGAGGGAAGAAACCAGCCACAGCCCCGCUUUCCUGGUCUUACCUCUAGGAGAAUCCCACACAAGACUUGUCCAAGAGAUGGUCAGCACCAAAGGACUUUUAUCAAGGUUGUUUUGAGUGUUUUGGUUGUUUUGUUUUUUUGUUUUAGCACAUUUCAGCUGAUUCAAUGCAAGUUUUGUAUCUUGGUGACUUAAAGUCACACUCUUAAUCAACUUUCAAGGGCCAGAAUAUGGUGAAAAUCACUUACAAUUUCCGUCCCUCCCAUGCCUUAGUUUAUUAGCAAAUAGUCAUGUGUGUGUUGUGUUCCUGUUUCACUGGAUCUAAACUGUGAAAUGGGCUGAAUCUUGGCCACUUUGUUUUGUUUUAUAAGGCAUUUCAAUGUACACUCAUUCUACAAGCACUCCAUUUGGAAGAAGAAAAAACACCUUAAUACUGUCUUCCUCAUUCAUCUUGCCCUCCUGCUCCCACCCCCAGCUUUAAAUUUCUGUGGCAAAGUGGAUGGCAAGACAGACAAAGGUAUACUUUUCCUGCUUUAUGAAUGAGGACUAGGGAUAGAUGGCACUCAGCCUUUUUCCUCCUAAUCCUAUUGAAGCUCAAACACUGGCUUCCUGCCUAACAGUGUCACCUCCAUUUUGGAGAACAUCCUUGCAUAGAGAAUGGAACUUACUGCAGACAUUUUGAGGUUCCCCCCCCAACUCUCCCCCUUAAAGAGCAAAGGGGCUAGAAGAAAGUGGCAUAUACAGUCUUUGAGGCUUCUUUCCAGUUGUGUUUGCCAAGGGCAGCAAAGACACUGCUGUUUUCCUGGGGCCUGCCGAGUCUCCUGCAGAGCUUGGAGAAUAUUUUUCUUGUCAGAUACUUGGCUUGAGUGGUAUGAUUGCUGGUUACCUGGAGGGGGAAAGGUGGCAAGCUCAGCUUUACUAGGAAGUAGCUCUUAGUUUCCAGUUCAAAACAGUAGAAUUUUGAACGAAGGCCCCAAUGGUGAGCCCUCUACCAAGCUGCAGAGCUAGCCAGAAGGGAUGCCAGGGCAAAGCUCUUGGAUUGUUGUGUAGGAAGGGGAGAUGGUCAUGUGGUAGCACCCACAUCUGCCCUGGCUUCCAAAGGUUGUUGCACCACUGUGGGAUUCUUUGCAGAAUGGUACUUGUAUAAUGGAUUUAAAACAACACAUGCAGAAAUGACUGCACAGGAUGUCACUCGAUCAGUUUGGGUCUGCUUUAUUUUAUUUUAUAUAUAUAUAUAUUUUUUGGUAUCCUGUACAUUGCAGUGGGUGUGAAGAUAGUAUUUUAAUAUUUGUACAAAGUUUAAUUUAAUUUUAAUUGUUCUAUGUAUAUAACUGCAUUUCUAAAUAAUAAUAAUAAAAAAUUCUUAUGAAGCCAUCUGUCAAAAAUAUG